AUGGAGCAAAUCGAUACUACCGGUCGCCUCUCGACCCUGAGAGAGUUGAUGAAAGAGCGCAACAUCGAUGUCUAUGUCAUUCCCUCCGAAGAUUCCCACUCGUCUGAGUAUAUUGCUGGAUGUGAUGCCCGCCGCGAAUUCAUAUCUGGCUUCAGCGGCUCCGCCGGCUGCGCUGUUGUGACUUUGGAUAGAGCCGCCCUGGCUACAGACGGCAGAUACUUCAACCAAGCUUCCAAACAAUUGGACCAAAACUGGCUGCUCUUGAAGCAGGGCCUGCAAGAUGUGCCUACCUGGCAGGAAUGGUCGGCUGAGCAGUCCGCUGGCGGCAAAGUCGUUGGUGUCGACCCCGAGUUGAUCACUGCUUCAAUCGCCAAGAAGCUUGCAGAGAAAAUCAAGAGAUGCGGUGGCUCGGAUCUGGUAGCCCUUGAUGAAAACUUGGUCGACUUGGUCUGGGCCAAGGACCGCCCCGCAAGACCCAAGAAUCCUGUUGUCGUCUUACCGGAGACCUUCAGUGGCAAGGACGUCAAGUCUAAACUGAAGGAUUUGCGACAGGACUUGGAAAAGAAGAACUCCCACGCCUUCGUGGUAUCUAUGCUGGACGAAAUUGCCUGGCUCUUCAAUCUUCGGGGUGAAGACAUUCCGUACAACCCAGUCUUCUUUUCCUACGCCAUCAUCACCAACGACAGUGCCACCCUCUACAUCGACAAGUCAAAGCUAGGAGAGGCCACCCGUGCGUAUCUUUCGGACAACGGCAUCGCAAUCAAAUCAUAUGAGAGCAUCUUCGAAGCCAUAAGUGCACUGCGCUCUUCUGUGGAAAGAGCUGACGACAGUCUCGUCUCCAAGCGCUUCAUCAUUUCCACAAAGGCGUCGUGGGCUUUGAAGCGCUCUCUCGGCGGUGACGGACUGGUUGAUGAGGUUCGCAGUCCAAUUGGAGAUUCGAAGGCCGUCAAGAACAAGACUGAGAUGGCUGGCAUGCGUGCGUGCCACAUUCGAGACGGCGCGGCUCUCAUCGAGUACUUUGCCUGGCUUGAGGACCAACUGGUCGCCAAGAAGGCCGUCCUAGACGAGGUCCAGGCCGCCGACAAGCUUGAGCAGCUUCGCUCGAAACAUAAGGAUUAUGUUGGUCUUUCUUUUGACACCAUCUCAUCUACCGGUGCGAAUGCCGCUGUUAUUCACUAUAAACCCGAGCGCGGCGCCUGCUCCGUUAUCGACCCCAAUGCUAUUUAUCUUUGCGAUUCCGGUGCUCAAUUUCUUGAUGGAACUACAGACACAACAAGAACCCUGCACUUUGGACAGCCGACAGAGGCCGAGAAGCUCGCCUACACAUUGGUGCUGAAGGGCAAUAUUGCGCUAGACACUGCGAUUUUCCCCAAGGGAACAACCGGGUUUGCACUUGAUUGUCUGGCUCGCCAACACCUCUGGAGAGAGGGCUUGGACUACCGCCAUGGGACAGGGCAUGGCGUGGGCUCGUACCUCAACGUGCACGAGGGACCCAUAGGAAUCGGUACUCGGGUGCAAUUUGCCGAAGUUGCCCUCGCACCUGGCAACGUUGUUUCCAUUGAGCCAGGGUUCUACGAAGACGGGUCAUACGGUAUUCGAAUCGAAAACGUGGCCAUGGUCACGGAAGUGAAAACGAAGCAUUCCUUUGGCGACAAACCAUACCUAGGAUUUGAGCACGUCACCAUGGUACCAUACUGUCAAAACCUCAUCGAACCCAGCCUCUUGACGGCAGAGGAGAAGAAGUGGCUCAACGCCCACAAUGCGGAUAUUUUCCAGAAGACCAGGGAUUUCUUCGCACAUGACCCCUUGACGCUGGCAUGGCUGACAAGGGAGACUCAGCCUUUGUAG